GCCACAUUUUAGCUAUUCAUUCUAGACAGGGAAGAAGAAGGCGUAGCGGCGGCGACGCGCUUAGGGGAGGGAGAUUUUGAGAGGUUUUCGUUUCGAUCGGCGCCGCGCGGUAAUGUAAAUCGAGUGGGAAGCUUGGAGCGCUCCCGGAUUAUGCAGGCCUCGGGCUCCAAUCUCUCGGUUGUGCCCCAGCAGCUCAAGCCGGCGUGGCUGGAAUCUCUGCUGAGCGAGAAAUUCUUCACAGCGUGCGCCAGGCACGCGGCGCUCAAGAAGAACGAGCGAAAUAUCUUCUGCGUCGAUUGCACGGGGAGCAUUUGCCAGCACUGCCUCUCCAGCCACAGGAAUCACAAGCUCUUGCAGGUUCGCAGAUACGUCUAUCACGAUGUAAUCCGGCUGCAUGACAUCCAGAAGCUCGUCGAUUGCUCGCAUGUACAGACUUACAUAAUCAACAGCGCUAGAGUAGUUUUCUUGAACCAAAGGCCACAGCCGCGACCACCGAAAGGCCUUGGCAAUGUCUGCGAGACGUGCGAUCGAAGCUUGCAAGAGUCAUACCGCUACUGCUCAGUUGGAUGCAAGGUACUCCGCUCAUUGAUCGAAUUAAGUUCUUGUGAGGCUCACUCUCUUUCGAUCAAUCAGGUUGAUGCUGCCUGCAAACAAGGGAACGAUCUCGCGAGCCUCCUCCCCCGCUGCAACUCACUGCAGCUCUCGGAUUUCCCAGUCUCUCCAGCCGGAAGCUCCAAGGACGACGACAAGCCCGACGACGAGGAGCUAUCUCCAAAUUCCAUCCUCGAGGACCAGGACUCUGAUACAUCCUCGGGCUCCACAGCCAACGAUGGCAGCUCCUACGCAGUGACCUCCACCGCGACGACAUCAUCCACGCCGCCACCAGCAGCGGCUAAAGCCGCGCCCGCCCGGAAGAAAGUUCGAAGCUCGCGGGGGAUCAAGCAAGUUGUAGCCGCGGCUGCCACGGCAGUUUUCUCAUCGGGAGGAGGUCGACGGAAGAGCACGCCUCACAGGUCCCCGUUAAGCUGAAACGGGCAAGAUUACACGACGUAACUUAUCGAGAUUAGAGCGGUCGCUGGUUCUUUUUUCUUUCUUUCUUUUUUCCUUGGCAAUGGUUUUCCUUUCCUCUUUUCUCGCUGUUGGUCGGUUCUCUAACUGAUAAGUUUCUGUAGCGGGGACGAGUCCUCGAGAGCUCUUUGGACAAGUGGACUACGAUUCUGGAGUUUGGUCUUUUCUUUCCUGUAGUUUCUUUAAUCCGUGAUGAUGCAAACCUUGGGGUGAGACACAUAGUGCCUGGUGCUGUCAAGAUAUCGCUGGUGCGUGCCUGGAUGCUCGCUCGCUCGCUCGCUCGCUCUCUCACUCUCACCACUGACUGCGAGGAACUUUCAACUGGCCAUUUGCUUAUAAUUCGCGGUGGUAAAGGAAGAUUUGGAGUGGAGAGCUCUCAGAUUUUUCUCACAGACACUCACACCUUCCUGCAAAUCUUUUGCUGCUGCUACCACUGCUACUGCCGCUGCCCGCUGCUGCUGCUGCUAAAAUCACUGCUCCAAUGUUUUUUUUUCUUUUAUACAUUUUACUUAUUCUAUUUGACA